CGGCUGUUUACCGUUGACUCGGUGUUUGUGUGUCGGUAAUGAGAGGAAACUGUUUCCGGUUUGGUGAUUAAUCAGAGAAGAAGAAGCGGAAAAUAAUGAAGGGAGUUAAACGACCUAAACACACUGCAGGGACACCGAGGAGCACACACACUGGCAGACUGAACACAGAGAUCUGUCGGUUGUGUCAUGGCCGGUUCUCUGCGAGGAAGCUGCGUGACCUUGUCCCAUGGCCUUCAUCUACUGAACACUCAACACCAGGCUUCUGUUCAGAUUUUCAGCGGUUGCUGGGCGUCUCUGUGCGGAACGACUUAACACUCUCACCGUACAUCUGCUCUGAUUGCCACAACCAGUUCUACCAGUGUCACAGCAUCCUGCAGGCCUUCAGACACCGGGUCAACUCAUCACCAUCACUUAACACCAACACAGAGAGGUGCAGCUCAACAUGGACAAACACAGAUGAACCAGAUCAGUCCUCUCCGCCCAUCACCUCUGACCCUCACUGUCUGCUGCGCCUGGUGUCAUGGACUCAUGAGCAUGCUGGGAGCUGCAGUUUCCCUCCUGGUCUGCAGGAGGUGCUGGAAGAGCGGUGUGGAGGUACAGUCAGGGUGGUGUGGAGCUGUGAGGACGGACACUCCUACACCAUGGACACUGGUGUGUGGGAGAGACAGGGAGACAACAGACACCCACACAACCACCAACCGAUCACAAGCAGGGAGGAGAACUCCACCCACACCAACAGGGAGCAGACACAGAGCUCCGCCUACACUCACGAUGGUGCUCAGCGUACAGACGAGAUUCCAUCACCUGCUCAGCGUUUAGAGGACAGCGACCUGUCGGACAGAAAUUUCUCCAGUGAGGAAGAGGAGACGAGGAAGAGCAGCUCAGAGGACAGCACACACCCUACAGCUGACAAACAUGUGAGCUCUAAGAAGAUGAGUAAAGAAGUAAAGAACCUGCAGCCUAAAGAGAGGAAGAAGCCUGGACCCAAACCUGGGUGGAAGAAGAAGAUGAAAUCAGAGCGAGAGGAGCUGCCCACCAUUUAUAAAUGUCCUCAUCAGGGCUGUACAGCAGUGUACAGAGGAGUGGAUGGCAUGAAGAAACAUGUGAAAGAGCACCAUGAAGAAGUGAGGGAACGACCCUGUCCUCAUCCAGGCUGCCACAAAGUGUUCAUGAUCGACCGCUACCUGCAGAGGCACAUCAAACUCAUUCACACAGAGGUAAGGAACUACAUCUGUGAUCAAUGCGGUCGGACAUUUAAACAGAGGAAACAUCUCUCUGUGCACCAGAUGAGACACUCGGGAGCAAAACCACUGCAGUGUGAAGUGUGUGGUUUCCAGUGUCGCCAGAGAGCGUCUCUGAAGUAUCACAUGACCAAGCACAAGGCUGAGGCAGAGCUAGAGUUUGCAUGCAGCGUUUGUGAGCGACGCUUCGAGAAAGCACACAACCUGAAUGUCCACAUGAGCAUGGUGCACCCUCUGUUACAGGAGCACAACACACACACCACGGACAUGAGCUGAGAGCUGUCUGGCCUGGUGAUGCCCCCCUACACCCUGAUGCCCCCCUACAGCCGUCACCCUGACGCCCCCCUACAGCCGUCACCCUGAUGCCCCCUACAGCCGUCACUAAACACACUUAAG